AUGGACCUUACCAUUUCUCACGCACCGUUUCUCACGCACUCUUCCUUAAUUCGCCGACUCCAUGCUUCGCACGGCGAUCUGCGACGGAGCUCUCCACAGAGGAUCGGGACUCCGGCCGAUCAACGUCCCCACGCCAGCGAGCUACAGGGUACAUGGCAACUGGGCACAAGGACCUUCGCAUGCUCGUUGUCGGCGGGAUCGCACGGUCUAGGGAUUUCGGUGGCGACUCGAGAUGGGAAAGCUGCAAUUCUGGUGUGGAUGCACUUCAAUAAGGUUCAAGUUCCUCAGAUAGCUAAGGAUUCCAUGCGAUUUUGUUUUGUAGCAAUUGUUGGGUUUUAAGCUUUAAUCGGUGAAACUUUGAUGUUCUUAUGUUAUCUUAAGUUGCUGGUCGGAUUUGAAUUAGAAUAAUAUUGGUCGGAAGCUUUGUUUCUGAAUCGCUAUGUAAUCUGACGAUGUUUCUGUCCUCCAAAUAGCUGUGGGUUCGUUGUGGAUUUUAAUUCAAAGACGUUCUACUUUCUUGCAUAGUUGUAGAUUCUUUGUGAAUUUUGGAAAGUCUGGAUUUGAUUCAACGUUGUUUGCA